AUGGUUGACGUAUAUUUUGAAGUUUCUACGGAAAAUGGAAAAUUGGAUAAGAAUGGUUGUAUAGUAUUAUUUUUGGAUAUUCAAGAUAACAUUAAAAAUAAAAUUAAUGAAUUAGAGAAAAUACAGGGAGAAAAUCAAAUUCACGAGAAAUGUCAAGAGAUAGAUAAAUAUUUAAAAGAACAAAAUCAUAGUCAUAAUGAAUGUUAUCAAGAUUCAAUCAAAAUCAUUGUCGCAUCUACUGAACAAGAAACGAACAACUUAUUAUCACAGUCUAAUGUAUAUUCUAAAUAUUGUAAGUGUUUGAUAUCUAAGGAUGAAGAAUGUACUGAACCAAAAGUUGAAACAGAGGAAUUAGGAAAAGAAAAAGGAAAAUAUGAACCAGAACAACUUCCUGAAGAAAAAUCCAAUCAAGCAACGUCAAGUUGCAAUGCCAUGAACAUUCAACAGACAGUGCAAAAAUUACAUCAGAAACCACAGAAGAAACAACCGUAG